AUGGCCUCUACUGUUGUCCUCAUUACUGGCGCCAACCGUGGCAUCGGCAAAGGUAUCUUGGAAUUAUACCUGAAGAAGCCCAACCACCUCGUGAUCGCGGCAAACCGUGACCCAACCCACCCAAGCUCCAAUGCAUUGGUUGAACUUCCCAAGGCUGAAGGCACUACGUUGGAGAUCAUCAAAAUCGAUGCUCUCUCCCCCACUGACCCAGCUGCGGCCGUGAAAGCAUUGGCUGUGAAGGGAAUCACCCACAUCGACGUUUUGGUCGCCAACGCCGCUAUCGCUCUUUCUUGGCCAAAGGUAUCGGACGUCAAAGUCGAGGAAAUCCAGGAACACAUUGACGUCAAUGUCAACUUUGUCCCCAUGCAAAAUGCUGCAUACGCUCCUUCUAAAGCUAUCCAACACUGGUAUACCAAGGCAAUCUCCGUUGAGGAUCCUUGGCUGAACGCCUUCCCCGUGGACCCAGGCUGGGUUCAGACUGAUCUUGGUAACCGAGGUGCCCACGCUAUCGGAGUUGAAAAAGCCGCCAUUACCGUGGAAGACAGUACUACGGGCAUAGUUAGGAUCAUUGACGCAUCUACGCUACAAACUCACAGCGGAAAGCUGUUCAAGUUUGAUGGCAAUGAGGAGCCUUGGUAG